AUGAUGAAAAAUUAUGAUCAAGUAUUAAUUAAAGGUGUAUCAGAUGGAAUACAUUGGCAUUUGUUGCGGUGUGUUGGUGGUCAGCUGAUUGCAGCAUCUUUUCUACUGUUCAAUGUCCGUAAAGGAGCAUCGGAAAUUAUUUCAUCAUGUUAUCUCAUCAGAAUUCUUGUAAGAUUUUUCCAUUUAUCUUUAAAUAUUGCUUCAAUUUACCACUUUCUCUUUUACACUUUUAUAACAAUGAUGAAGUUUUGGUGUUAUAUGGUAAUUGCUGUUUAUGGAAGUAUGCAAACAUUUUCUGGAUGGGUAAUCGGUAGUACCCAAACAAAGGCGAACAAAAUGGAAAGUUGCCUGUAUCAGUUGGAUUCUAUGGCAUCAAUUGUCAUUGGUGGAGCAUUUUUUGCAUUUCCAAAAUGGUUAUUAUAUCGGCAGGUCAAAAUUGUAUUGAAUGAAACACAUGAAAUAUGUGGACGGUUAAUGGGCGCAUACUUUAUGUCCUGUUACAUUGUAAGCAGUCAUGCGUUACACUGGGAGAACAAGGAGCAUCAUAAAAUUGCUGUAGAUACCAGAUCAAUUAUUUGUGUAACCAUAUUGUUGGCACAAAUUUGGUCACAGUACGCCUAUGGUAAUGAUUGGAGUGGUGGACAUUGGAUUGGUAUACUGCUUUAUUCCACCUGGACAUGUAUUUGUUUGGCAUAUCGAUAUUUUUUAAACCAUUCACUAUCACAGGGUCAAAAGAAGAAAAUACAGUAG